AUGGAAAUCCGGCCUGAGAUUGUUUUCCAGCAUCCCCUCUCACGCUGCGAGCGGGGUCCAGGCCUGAUCCUUAUCCGACCUUCGUGCUACGCAGAUUGCCAGAAACAAAAUAAAAGUCUUGACCCAGAGCCUCUCCUGAAAUGGGCAGAAGAAAGCUUUGCGACUGUUCAGAUUACGUUUAGUACGGAAACUAGCGAUGCUGCUAAAGUGCAAGACAUGAUCAAGGAGGCCAAAGAUGGACUUGACAAUCUAGAGGAAUGUGCAGCUAAGGCUAGAUACGUCUACGGUUCCAGGACAGACUAUGCCCCUGGUUUCGCUGCAAUUUUGGCAGAUAUUAUGAACGAUGACCAAAGCCUGGCAGCAGCAGUCGGUUUUGACUUCUGGGAAAUCGGCGGAGAAAGGCCAGUUCUUGUGCAUGCUCUCAAUGGCCUCAAAGUUCCCACCCAGGGAUCGAUGCAUACACACCAUUACGCCGACGUUGCUUCCCCUGGCUUCAUAGUUCCGGGGCAUCAUGCCUUUAAAAUAUCGACAGCAGGCGUGUCUCAUACUCGCAGUCUCGCCUUCUUGAAGAAGCAUCUUGGUGGGCCUUACUUUGACCUCGAAGCCAUCUGGGAUGAACACACCUACUAUGAGUUUGGCGAUCGGUCGGUCGACAAGACAAUGGCCACGAUGGUCCAGGAACCAUACGUAAACCAUGUUCCCACGCUGACGGGAGGCAUUGGGCGAACUCAUUUGAGUCAUUUCUACCUCAAUCAUUUCAUCCACAGCAACCCCGAUGAUACAGCACUCGAGCUGAUCAGCCGUACGGUGGGCACCGAUCGAAUCGUGGACGAAUUUAUCUUUUCUCUUACGCAUAACAAGCAAAUAGACUGGCUACUGCCAGGAAUUCCAGCGACCGGUAAAUCCCUCCGCAUCCCUUUUACUUCCGUGGUCAAUAUCCGGGGUGACCGAUUAUAUCACGAACAUAUCGCAUGGGACCAGGCCACUACGUUGGUGCAAUUGGGGCUCAUGCCCGAAUAUUUGCCCUUCCCAUACACUUUGCCAGAUGGAUCAACUCCAGCUGUGGGCAAAAGAUUUGAAUACCGCGUGCCGGCAGCCGGGGCCGAGUCUGCUGAUAAACUGCAGAACGAGCACUCGGUUCUGUCGAAUCAAAUGUUCGAAUACAAAAUUCGCGAGGUCGAUGACAGCUAA